CCUCUUUAUAUUUCUCAAACAAACCAUUCUCCCUCUUCCAUCUCUCUCCCUCUCUCUCCUCCAUCAAUUCAUCACCAUUUUUCUGAAAUCGAAUUUCGAUUUACAGCAGAAAAAAUUCUCUCAUUUUACUCAGAUUCGAAGUCAAAUAUUGUGAUUAGAAAUGGAAGAAGAAACUCAAACAAAUAUAGAGGUGCCAGUGGCGGAAGUCAAGGAGAAACUUGCUAGUGUUACGGAGCCAAUUCAGGAAAAUGGAAAUAAAGAGGAAAAUGAGAACUCUUUGGAUGAUGGAGAGUUCAUUAAGGUGGAGAAAGAAACACUGGAAACAAAAGAAAACUCACGGGAUGUCGACAUAAAUGUGGAAGAAAGCAAGUCAUCUGUUAGUGAACCUAGCAGAGAACUCCUUGAAGCGCAGGAGAAUAUAAACGAGCUUGAGACCGAGUUAGUAAGAGUUGCUGCUGCGUUGAAGGAUUCUGAGUCACAGAAUGCAAAGUUAAAAGAUGAGGCCUUAUUGACCGAAGAAAAGCUUCAAGGAAGCGGGAAGAAGUAUGAAGAGCUUGAACUGAAACAUAAGAAGUUGCAGGAGGAGAUGGUAGAAGCUGAAAGUAACUUCAACGAAAAGCUGAAAUCUCUGCAAGAUGCUUUGGAUGAUCAUGAAACUAAGCACAAGGAACUUUCAGGCAUCAAAGAAUCAUUUGAAAUUCUUAAUCUAGAGUCUGAGAACUCAAAGAAGAAAAUAGUGGAGUUGCAGCAAGAAUUACAAUCUCAUGCAGAAGAACUGGAAAGUGUAGUCAAAUCUUCUCACUCCAAAAUUGAGGAUGCUGAGAGAAAAAUGAGUGAGCUUGAAUCACUGCUGGAUGAGAAGAAGCAGAAAGUUGAAGAACUUGAAGUGAAUAUAAGCUCGCUGGAAUCAAAAUGCGGAGAUACUGAAACUGAGUCGAAAAAAUAUUCAGGCAUGGUAUCUGAACUCACUGGAGAAAUCGAGAAGUUCCGAUCUUUAAUGUCAAACCUCGAGAGUGCACUCCAGACAGCAAGUGAAAAGGAAAUGGGUUUGAUAGAAUCUUUGAAUGUAAUGAAAGAGGAGAAAAAUACUUCAGACGAAGCAUUGGAAAAUUCCACUAAAAAGCUUCAGGAAGCUGAAAAUUUUCUUGAAUCAUUGCGUGGUGAAUUGUCUCUUACACAAGAGAAACUUGAAAGCAUCGAAAAUGAUCUGAAGGGUGCUGGAUUAAGAGAGGGUGAUAUUAUGGAAAAGCUGAAAUCUGCUGAGAAUCAAUUAGAGGAGCAAGGGAGAGCAAUAGAGGAAGCUACUGCGAGUAAAAUGCAUUUUGAAUCUUUACAUGAGUCUUCUAGUAGGGAUUUUGAGGUGAAAAUGCAAGAAACAAUGGCGAAUUUCAGCGAAAAGGAGUCUGAGGCUAAAUCGUUGUCUGAGAAACUUAAGAUUCUUGAAGAUAAGGUACAAAGUUAUGAGGAACAGGUUGGUGAAUCAGCUCUUAAGGUUGCAUCUCUGACAGAAGAAUUGCAUAACAGUACUGCAAAGCUAGCUUCUUUAGAAAGCUCUAGUGAAGAGCUUAGCAGGAAAAUUGAGGAAGCUGAAGGUAAAGCGGCACAAUCACUUUCAGAGAACGAACUUUUGGUUGAAACAAACUCCCAGCUGAAGAACAAGGUAGAUGAGCUUCAGGAAUUGCUUAAUUCUGCUGAUGCAGAAAAAGAAGCCACCUCUCUUCAACUUGCCUCUCACAUGAACACCAUCACUGAGUUAACAGAGCAACACUCGAGAUCUUCUGAGCAACACUCUGCUGCUAAAGCUCUUCAUUUGCAGGCCGAGGAACAGGUGAAAGAAACAAGUGAGAGACUAGCUGAUAAGGAGAAGGAAGUCGUGGAGUUGGAUGCACGGCUUAGUGCCCUUGAAAGCCAAGUGAAAGCAUAUGAGGAGGAGGCCCGUGAAGCAUCUGGGAUAGCAGAAUCUAGAAAGGUGGAGAUAGAACAGUUGAAGGGGACUGUUGCUAAAUUAGCUGAUAAAGAAGCUGAAAUCAAGGAACUUAGUGAAAAACUUAUAGCCCUUGAAGUCCAAGUAAAGAAGUACGAGGAAGAGGCUCAUGAAGCAGAGCAAAUAGCUGAAUCGAAAAAAGUUGAAAUUGGAGAGAUGGUUGAAAAAUUAUCACAUAAAGAGCUUGAAGUCACGCAAUUGAAUGAGAAGCUGGCUUCCUUUGAAGGUCAAGUAAAGGUUUAUGAGGAAGAGGCCGGUAAAGCAUCCGGGAUCGCUGAAUCUAGAAAAGUUGAAAUUGAUGACCUGGUUGAAAAGUUAGGUGAGAAGGAGUUUCAAGUGAAGGAGUUGAAUGAAAAGCUUACUUCCCUUCAAGAGCAGUUGACAGUACACCAGGAAGCAGCUCUUGAAGCUUCUGGGAUUGCGGAAUCAAGGAAAGCGGAACUUGAACUGUUGCAAGGAACAGCUGAGAUGUUGGCUCAAAAAGAGUUGGAAAUAAAGGAUUGUAAUGAAAAGUUGAGCUCCCUUGAAGACCAGGUGAAGAAAUACCAGGAAGAGGCCAAUGAGGUGUCCGGGAUUGUUGAAUCUAAGAAAGUUGAAAUUGAAAACAUGACUGAAAAAUUAGGACAGAAAGAGUUGGAAGUGAAGGAAUUGAAUGAAAAGCUUACUUCUCUUGAAGGACAGCUAACAGUACACCAGGAAGCAGCUCGUGAAGCCUCUGGGAUUGCCGAAUCAAGAAAAUCUGAGAUUGAACAGUUGCAGGUUUCAGUUGUUGCAUUAGCUCAAAGGGAGUUGGAAAUCAAGGAGUUAAAUGACAAGUUAAGCUCCCUCGAAGACCAGCUGAAGAAAUACCAGGAAGAGGCCCAUGAGGUAUCUGGGAUUGUUGAAUCUAAGAAAGUUGAAAUCCAAGAAAUGGCCGAAAAAUUAGGCCAGAAGGAGUUGGAAGUAAAGGAAUUGAAUGAAAAGCUUACUGUUCUUGAAGGACAACUAACAGUACACCAGGAAGCAACUCGUGAAGCCUCUGGGAUCGCUGAAUCAAGAAAAUCUGAGAUUGAACAGUUGCAAGUUUCAGUUGUAGCAUUAGCUCAAAGGGAGUUAGAAAUCAAGGAGUUAAAUGAGAAGUUAAGCUCCCUGGAAGACCAGCUGAAGAAAUACCAGGAAGAGGCCCAUGAGGUUUCCGGGAUUGUUGAAUCUAAGAAAGUUGACAUCGAAAACAUGACUGAAAAAUUAGGACAGAAGGAGUUAGAAGUGAAGGAAUUGAAUGAAAAGCUUACUUCUCUUGAAGGACAACUAACAGUACACCAGGAAGCAACCCGUGAAGCCUCUGGGAUCGCUGAAUCAAGAAAAUCUGAGAUUGAACAGUUGCAGGUUUCAGUUGAAGCAUUAGCUCAAAGGGAGUUGGAAAUCAAGGAGUUAAAUGACAAGUUAAGUUCCCUUGAAGACCAGCUGAAGAAAUACCAGGAAGAGACCCUUGAGGUGUCAGGGAUUGCUGAAUCUCGUAAACUUGAAAUUGAAAAUAUUAUUCUGAAAUUACAGGAGAAGACGAAAAUGGUUGAUGAACUGCAGCUUGAAGCAGGUCAAGUUGAGACACGUAACGAAGCCUUGGCUGAGGCAAAUAUGAAACUCACUCAGGAUCUAGCUUUGGCUGAGACCGAACAAAGUGAUCUCCAAGCUAAAUUGUCACAUGCUUUUGAUGAGAAGGAUGAAAUUGCUGCAAAAUGUUUCUUGUCAGAGAAGGCGAUUGAGGAGUUAACUUCUGAAAAGGAAAGGCUCCAGUCUGAGAUAUCUGAAUCUCUAGAAGAGAGCAGCCAGCUUCAUGGAACCAUAAAAGAACUUCAAGCAAUUGUGGUUCAAUUAGAAGAGCAACUAAAAGAAUAUAGAGGAAAAGAAGAUGCUUCAAAGGCUGAGAUUGAAAAUCUUAAGGUUGAAAUUACUGAGAAAUCUUCCCUGCAAGCAAGGUUGAAGGAACUUGAAGAGCAAUGUCUGGCAACUGAGGCUCAAUUGAAAGAAGAGGUUAAAAAUGUACAAACAUCUGCUACAGCGAGAGAGGUUGAUUUGACUUCUCAGUUGGAAAAUCAUGUGCAAAAACUCCAAGAUCGUGAUUCGUUGAAUGAAAGGGUUGUGAAACUUGAAGAAGAGCUGCAGCUUGCAGAGACCACUGUAACUAAGCUGAAAGAGGAGAGUUCGGCAAAGGUCUCUGAAUUGGAAGCUGCCAAGAGUCAUACGGCUGAAGAGCUUGAUGCCAAAAACAAAGAAAUCAUGCUUCUCGGAAAGAAAAUCGAGGAAGUUGAGGAAAAACUUCAGAAGGUUGUAGCAGUAUCAAAACAAAAGGCUGAUGCCCCAGAAGGCGAAACAGAAGUGAGGUCAAGAGAUAUCGGAUCAAUGAUUUCUAGUCCGACAAAGCGUAAGAGCAAGAAAUCAGAAAAAUUAUCUGCACAAACUUCACCAUCCUCAGUGGUUCAGACUCCAACAAGUGAAGCUUCUUCCUCCAUGAACAUCAAGUUUAUCCUUGGAAUUGCAGUGGUGUCCAUUAUUAUCGGCGUGAUCCUAGGGAAAAGAUAUUAACUUAAUCUUUCUUACCUGAUUCAUUUCUGGUUUAAAUUUUUGGUGAAGUGAUAUUAUUUUGAUGUUGUUUAUAUAACUCAAGUCUUCAAAUUGGUGACAGUUGAAUUUUAGUUUUAUGUCCACCAAGAAGCAGUUUUUUGUUGAUGUAAUUAUCACUUGAUUAUUUACUGAUGGUGUUGCUUUUUUCUUUUUCUUUAUUUUUUUAUAUUUUUUAAUAUAAUUUUGGGUUGUAAAAUUAUGAAUUUUGGGAGUGAGGCUGUUUAUUGGUAUAAGAAGUUCUCUUGUUUUCAACUUGUA